AUGAGCAAGACAACUACGGACCUACCUCGUGGCUGGAAGGAGGUGCAGAGCAAGAGUCGCCCUGACAGAGUGUACUACCUACAUGUGAAAAGCGGUGAAAAGACGUGGAAACUCUCGCACGUGCACGCCAAGGAGCGCGAGCUCCGACGGGGCCGGACGUCGACGGCUCGCUCAGAGGGAAAGAAAACGCGUCCAGUCGACGACUCCUCUGGUUCAGAGAGUGUUCAGGCGCUGCAUAUCCUCGUGAAGCACUCGGGAUCCAGGAGACCAUCGUCCUGGCGACAGGAGACCAUCACCCGAAGUAAGGCAGUUGCAGAGGCCAAGGCGGGAGGUAUCCGUGACAAGCUACUGGCACAUGUCGAGGCGAAUGCUGAUAGAUCAUGUGAGGCACUACGCGAGCUGUUUGAACAGAUUGCGAAAGAGGAGAGUGACUGCAGUAGUGCAAAGCGCGGGGGCGACUUGGGACCGUUCACGCGCGGAAAGAUGACUGCGUCGUUUGAAAAGGCUGCGUUUGCUCUGCAAAUUGGCGAUCUUAGUGACUUAGUAGAGAGCGACAGCGGGAUCCAUGUGAUUCUUCGCAUUGCAUGA